AUGGAGGAUUAUAAAUUUCUGUUCAAAGUUGUGCUCGUUGGGAAUGCUGGUGUCGGAAAGACUUGUUUAGUUCGUCGAUUUACUCAGGGAUUAUUUCCUCCUGGACAAGGAGCUACUAUUGGAGUAGAUUUUAUGAUUAAGACUGUAGAAGUAGAGAAUGAGAAAGUCAAGUUGCAAAUUUGGGAUACUGCAGGUCAAGAACGUUUCAGGUCUAUAACUCAAAGUUACUAUAGAUCUGCUCAUGCACUUAUUCUUGUAUAUGACAUCUCUUGUCAGCCGACAUUUGAUUGUCUACCUGACUGGUUAAGAGAAAUUGAAGAGUAUGCGAGUAAUAAAGUAUUGAGGAUACUCGUUGGUAAUAAAAUUGACCGCGAAGACAGAGAAAUUCCAACUCAUGUAGGUGAAGACUUUGCUCAAAGGCAUGGGAUGUAUUUUUUGGAGACCUCUGCCAAAGAAGCUGAGAAUGUUGAGAGAUUAUUUAUGGAAAUAGCUGCUGAGCUUAUGGAGCAAGCACGAAGUAAAGAACUACCGAGAUACGAGACAAAUGCUACUUCAAUAAACGGAAAAACAACAUCAAUUGGUGACAGUGGUAAUUGUACAUGUAGUCGAUUAUCUUAA